AUAAAACUGAGUUCUGCAGUUGAAGUGUCAUCUUGCAUUACAACAUAUAAGAAGACACCACCUCCAGUCCCACCCAGAACUACCACGAAACCUUUCAUUUCUAUCACAGCCCAGAGCAGCACAGAGUCUGCCCAGGAUGCCUACAUGGACGGACAGGGCCAGCGGGGAGAUAUAAUCAGCCAGUCUGGACUCAGCAACUCCACGGAGAGCCUGGACAGUAUGAAGGCUCUGACAGCCGCCAUCGAAGCCGCAAAUGCCCAGAUCCACGGUCCCGCAAGUCAACACAUGGGCAAUAACACUGCCACUGUCACCACCACGACCACCAUAGCCACGGUCACCACAGAGGACAGAAAGAAGGACCACUUUAAGAAAAAUCGAUGCCUGUCUAUCGGGAUACAGGUCGAUGAUGCUGAAGAACCUGACAAAACAGGGGGGAAUAAAGCACCCAGUAAGUUCCAGUCCGUGGGAGUCCAAGUGGAGGAAGAGAAGUGGUGAGUGUACACGUGUUCGUCCUCUCUCGCCUUG